AUGUCGUCAACAGCAGUUCUCUCCUACGCUGGAUGGGCAUUUUUGCCCAAUCUCGUGACAGGGUGGCUCCAAUCGAUUUACUAUGGCAUCACAAUCCGCGCCGGUGAUCCUAAGCCGCAACCAGGGAGUCCUAGAUACGUGAAACACAGACGGCGCAUACACAUGACAGUCAUUAUCGUUUACCUGCUAUACACCCUUUAUGAAGCGGACUAUAUAAUACAACAGAGUGGGGAUUUCUACCAGGAUCUUGGGCUUGCUCCAGGAGUCGAAGAAAAACAGAUAAAGUCGAGAUUUAGGAGACUAGCUGCUCUCCAGCAUCCGGACAAAGUCCCCACGGACGACCUAAUCCGACAUGCAGCUGCCGAAUCCAAUUUCGUCAAUCUCAAAACCGCUCAAGACACCCUAUCUGACCCCAUCAAACGCUUUGCCUAUGAGCGCUUCGGUCCCGAUAUGCUGAAAUGGCAGCAUUGCAAAACAAUACGCGAUUACUUGGCCACCGGCAUACAGACAUCCUCCCUACCCCUCUACGCCGGCUCAACCCUCAUGAUGGCCCUCUUGAGCCUCACAAACUAUCUCCAAUGGGGACGCUUCUGGCGAUACUUGACCUUCGCAGGUCUUUUUCUACUCGAGUAUCACACCAUCACACGCCCCUACCCCUCGCCGUUACUCACCAAAGUUUUCAACCCUAUACUCAGCAAACUGAAACUUCACCCACCACUGCUACCCUUUCAGCUCCUCGCGCUAGCCCGCAAGACAACAUUCACCCUCUUCAUCGCCUUCUCGCAGCUGGGAAACCUCUUUCCACAGGGAAAACCCACCCCUGCGGCGACUACCUCUCAACUCGACCUGCAGCAAUUAGUGAGACUCGAGGGAACCGCUAAGGCCAGUGAGAUCGAAUCCAGUAGAUUGCUGGCGAUGGAUAUGGCGCCUUUUGCGGGCGACGAGCAGGGCACAAAGGAGUUGAGGGGAAGAGUGAAGGAGUGGCUAGUGAACAACACCAUCAGGGCGGAUCCCGAGGUCAGAGAUGCGAUGGGAAGGGUAAGUAAAAGACUCAAGCGAAGCUGGUAG